UUGGUUCUUUAGGCCCGCCAUAUUGACAUGGCAGAAGCUCAUUGGUAUGGCGGGUCACCAACAGCAUAUGCCUGUUGGUACAAUCUUCCCUUGAAAAGUUUCUGUUUCACCGCGAAGAAGGAAAAGUCUUGCGAUGUACUUCAACCAGACAUACCACACGCACACAGAUAUAUUGAAAAAAAAUAGUCUUGAUCCUUGACGGCAAUGUGUGACUGCUGUUCUUCCUGUUCUUAGAUCAUAAGAAAGUUGCAGAUCUUGAAUAUCAAUAGCUACAACAGACAGAAAUCAAACAUCAGAGUGAAAAGCAGAUACCAUGAUGAACAUCUCCUCCAGCAGUAGCACUAGUUGCUUCGACUCUGCUUUAGAUUAUCUGGGCCGGCUUGAAGGGAAUUUUACCAAAAAGGUGAACUGGCAGUUUGAUUCUGAUAUCCGGCAGUUAUGUUCUCAUAGCCGGAAGCUGAAGGUGGGGAUACGUCUAUUGAAAACCUUUCAUCUGUAUGUAACAAAGUGUAGGAGGAGGAGCAACCAGGGUACGUGUUUGGGAUAUGAUAAGGAGAACAGGGGUGAUGCCAAGUCUGACAGAUUGAGACCUAGCAGUAUUUCGUUCAGGAUUCAAGAUCUGGUUAUGGGGAUACUGCUGGGACUUGACUCUGCUUUUUUCAGAUUUAAACAAGGUGCGUCAGAUCUUAGUCAUAUCAAUUGUGAGCUCGCCAAAAUCGAGGAAAAUAUGAGGUGUUUUUCUGAAACUGAUAUCGAGGAAUUCAACAUCACCAGUUGGUUGCUCUACUACUCGCUGGGAGAUUCACAACUAGCUAUGGAUUUUAUUGACUCCAUUUCAGAGAAUCUGAGGCAUCUUUGCCGCGUAGAAGAUGAAGUUGACGAAGCUCAGAGAAUUGUACUGAAAAUUCUUGAAAAGAAGCUAAUGUUCUUGAAGAGUUUCAUUGGUUUUGCCACACUUCAAGGUUGUGAGGUUCAGCAAUCAAAAGAUCUGUUGGUCCACGUCGAAGUUGCGGCUGUCAAUGCUGCAAGCCUGAUGUGUAGAUACUGGUUUCAGAUAAAUAAUGAACAAGUUCACAAUGAGAUGAAACCUGAAAUUUUCGAACUGAUACACAAGAAGAUUGAUCCCAUUGACCCCCAGGUCCGAGAAAUGUAUAUCAAUGUCUUGGCAGCUUCCAAGUUAUCAAGAUCGUCCUACACUUUCACUAUGAAGGAGAAUAAGCAUCUUGUGACUGAAUUUAUUGAUCAUCUCCUGCAGAGUCUUAUGGAGCUAUUAGAAUCUUAUACAAGUUUCCUAGUUCCAGUGAAGGAUCAAAUGUUAAAACUCCACCAGGGACUAAGAUUCCUGGUUAUCUUUCUUAGCGGGCAGCAGGAGAAGUUCGAUGAGCUAAAUGAUGAAAUGAAGGAUCUAAUUGGAUUUGUGGUCUCUGAUGCAGGUAUUGUGAUUGUCUCCCUUUCUGUGAACGAAAUGAAAGAAGGCUUGCACAAAGAAACAGAUCUGGCACUUUCUCAUCUGCUCGAAGUGCUCAAGUUGAUCAUUGCUGAAGUUGGACACAUUUAUUCAGCACCAUCAUCAUCAUCACUUACUUUCCCUAGGACUAAUGAACUCGGCUCUCUUGAUUCUCUUCUAGAAACUCUCAAGGAACUAGCAAGCUCUACAGCUGCUUCAAUUGCUUUCCCAAACGAUCAAAUACGCACCAUCCUAGAAGAUCUUGUCUUCUUAAGAUCUUUUCUAGGAAAUGUUGUAGAGCAGCGCAAACGAAAUGAAAAACUCCAAGCUCUUUGGAGUCGUGUCAUGAAGGUUGCUUACAGUGUAGAACUAGAAGUUGACUUUGCACUGGCUGGUGAUCAACAUGAACAUUGUUUGGAUGCUAUUGCUAGAGAUAUCAAGCUUGUGAAGAUAGAGGCUGAAGAGAUCUAUGAUAGCAUAAGAUAUGAUGUUGAAACCCAGAGGCUAACCAAGAUUACCAUUCACAUGCCGGCACAAGUUACUGCUCCAACGUUUAAUGAAGCUCUGGUAGGUCUCGAUGAUGAGGUAGAAAGUAUAAUUGAUAGACUUACGAGAGGAUCAAGCCAGUUGGAUGUUGUUGCCAUCGUAGGUAUGCCUGGGCUUGGUAAGACAACUUUAGCCAAUAAUGUGUAUGGUGAUACUUCAAUAAAGUUCCACUUCCAAAUUCUUGCUUGGUGUACUGUUUCUCAAGUAUAUAGCAAGCACAAUUUGUUACUGCAGAUUUUGAGUGUUAUUGAUUCUAACAGUUCUGACCAAUGCCAUGAGAUGAAUGAAGAUGAUCAAUGGCAUGAGAUGAAUAAGGAUGAUUUGGCUCAAAUGUUGUAUCAGCGUGAUGAUCAAUGGCAUGAGAUGAAUGAAGAUGAUUUGGCUCAAACGUUGUAUCAGCGUUUGAAAAGGAAGAGGUAUGUCAUUGUUUUGGAUGAUGUUUGGGAUAUUGAAGGGUGGAAUUUGUUGAAACACUCAUUCCCAGAUGACUGCAAUGGAAGCAGGAUACUCUUAACCAGCAGAUUUCAGAAUUUAUCAUUGCAAAUUAAACCUGAUAGCCAGCCCCACCAUCUUCGCCCACUUACCGAUAAGGAGAGUUUUGAAUUGCUGCAGAAGAAGCUAUUUGCCAAAGAAGAUUAUUGUCCUCCAGCAUUAAGGGAAGUUGUACAGCACGUAGCAAAAGACUGCAAGGGCCUACCUCUCACCAUUGUCCUCGUUGCUGGAAUUCUCGCUACUACUGAGCAAGAUUGCUGGGAAGAAGUUGCAAGACGUCUAAGGUCUAGCAUUUUUGCUGACGAUGAGCACUGCAUGAAGACAAUUGAGCACAGUUACAAUUAUUUACCAGAUUAUUUGAAGCCAUGCCUUCUUUAUUUUGGUGCAUCUCAAGAAGAUAAAGACAUUCCUGUCAGAAAGUUGUUAUGGCUUUGGAUGGCUGAAGGAUUCGUGCAAAAAACUGAAGGAAAGAGUUUAGAGGACGUGGCGGAUGACUAUUUGAUGGAUUUGAUUGGGAGAAGUCUAGUUAUGGCUACCAAACAAAGAUCUUUAGGUGGGAUCAAAGUUUGCCGAGUUCAUGAUUUGGUACGUGAGUUUUGUGUGGCAAAAGCAAGAGAAGAAAGUUUUCUACAAAUUUCACAUGGGGAUGAUCAUCUUACUUUUAUUGGACAGUGUAACCCCCACCGACUAGCUAUUUACCCUACUACGAGUCAGGGACUCAAAAAGUCAAUGCUAUUUUUCCCCAAUUUGCGUUCUUUGCUCUUCUUUGAUGUUUAUGAGGAAGCGGAACUGGGUGAAAUUUGGUUCAAACUUCUAUCAUCUAAACUUAUUAGAGUGUUGGAUUUGGGUUACAAUUUGGCUUUUUUUUCAGAGGAAGUAGUAGUAUUCUUUGUUCACUUGAGGUACUUGAACAUUAGAUUGGACAGUAAAGCUGGUAUCCCAUCUGCAAUAGCCAAGCUCUCGAGAUUAGAAACAUUUGUCAUAAUAAAACCCCGUGGAGGGUGCAUUUUGUUACCAAACACUAUCUGGAACAUUAAAACAUUGAGGCAUCUUGUCGUAUCAUCUAAUGGAAGUGGUUUCGAAUUUCCCAUCGACAAUCUUGAAGGCUCACCAGAUUUAAUACAUUUAGACACUUUAACCCUUGCAAUUGAUUCCUCUCCUCAAAGCUUGCAAAAGACACUGACAAAGAUUCCGAGCAUCCGCAGGCUAAAAUGCGUGGAUGUCCAUGACGGAGUGCACGAUGGUAUUCUCGUGCUGGAGCACUUGAGUCGACUAGAAUCACUUAAGAUGAGCAGUUUUAAAGGAUAUGAGUUUGAAUUCCCAUUGAAUUUGAGAAAGUUGACUCUCUCAAAUAAUCGUCAGCCAUGGAGUAAAAUUUCAGCAAUUGGAAAGCUGCCCAACCUUGAAGUCCUUAAAUUAGGCUGUGAUUCCUUUGUGGGGGAAAAGUGGGAAAUGAAAGAAGGGGAGUUCCAAAACCUCCGAUUCUUGGAAUUGUCAGAGUUGGACUUUCGAUGGUGGACCGCCUCUUCUGAUAAUUUUUGCUGUCUUGAGAAAUUGGUUUUGAGUUCUUGUGAAUCGCUGGAAGAGGUCCCUUCUUGUUUAGGGGAAGCCCUCACUCUUGACAUGAUUGACCUCGAAGGCUGCCGUGCGUCUGUUGUGACUUCUGUGAAGCAAAUUCAACACCAACAGAUGGAUAUGGGAAAUAAUGAUCUAAAAUUAAUGAUAGAUAGGCGCUCUGAUCGGUUAAAGUUGGCCCGUCUCAGAAGCAAAAUAAGGAUCGAAUUUUCAGCCUACAUAGGUGCUCUUCGUUUUAUAGAAAGAGCAUCUGACUUUUAAACAGAUAUUGGAACUGUACUGCCAAGUUUUUGCCCGUAAAUUGUCUGGUAUCAAUGCUCCAAUUCUCUAUUUCUUUUUUCUUCUACUAGUUCCUUUCAUUAAUUCAAGUACCUAAUGCAGCAGCGUACCGUACAGGAGGACAUCCAAAAUAAAACCACAGACUGCUGGAGAUGCAUGGAUGACUUGAUAGCCUUCUUGCAUUACUGGCCUGCAACGGAUCCCUCAACUAGGGAAGCAUUUCUGAUGCUGGCAAGGUUCUUGAAUUGAAUAUUUCAACUGGAUGGAUCUGUCACUCACCGGAAGCUUCAUCGGCUAUUUAAACUUCCAGUUUGAUCUUGUUCUUGACAGAUAGUCUCUUCAUUCCUGCUCAUCAAGUGUUGGAAGGGGAUCUCUCUUCGCCGAUCACAUUUGGAAUGGGAUCAAGUGUUGCUUGUAGCUCAGACUCCGAAAGUGCAGCAAUACAAAUUCCAUUUGCUCUUAAUCAAAUGAAAAUGACUAUUGGAAUCAAGUGAAAAAUUUUUUUUGCUCAAAAGGAAAAAAGCAUGCACCAAAUUGAAUUGGAUGGUAUAUUUUUCUCUCAGUAAUUAACUUGCAAUACGUGAUGAAGAUCUGAGUAGGAUAAGAAGGAUAAAAUUUUAGAUUUUGUUUAUAGUAUUAAAUAUGUCUCAAUGAUGGACAAAUUGUAUUUUUGUUUAUAGUGAACGUGAUUUUUUAUCCGUGUCUUGUUCAUUUA